UUCCCCUUCUCCACUCCUCACCACUCACCAAUCACCACCUUUUUCUCUCUCUCUCUAGAAAUCAGACGAACACAAUUUUCUGCACUCAAUGGAGAUUGACCCGAUAUCUUCCACUCAAAUGGGUACUCCAGCCCGCCAAAAAGACGCGAAAGCCCUUCAGUUCAUCGAAGAGAUGACCCAUCCUGACCCGAAAUGCAGAGACCGAAUAUCUAAAGGGUUUCAGUCUCGACGGGGCAACAGACCGGGAGACAUUCAAAUCUAAAGUCCCCAUAGUCACCUACGAAGAUCUCCAGCCGUUGAUCCAAAGAAUAGCUAAUGGCGAUCGUUCUCCCAUUCUAUCUUCUCACCCCAUCUCUGAAUUCCUUACCAGCUCUGGAACUUCAGCUGGAGAAAGAAAGCUCAUGCCCACUAUCAAAGAAGAACUGGAUCGUCGUCAGCUUCUUUACAGUCUUCUCAUGCCUGUUAUGAACCUUUACGUGAAGGGGCUGGACAAGGGAAAAGCGCUUUACUUCUUGUUUAUAAAGUCCGAGACAAGGACUCCGGGAGGGCUGGUAGCCCGACCCGUACUCACCAGCUACUACAAAAGCGACCACUUCAAGACCCGACCCUACGACCCGUACAAUGUCUACACCAGUCCGAAUGAAGCCAUCCUCUGUCCUGACUCCUUCCAAAGCAUGUACGCUCAAAUGCUGUGCGGACUUUAUGAGCGUGAACAAGUGCUCCGGGUCGGGGCAGUGUUCGCCUCCGGCCUCCUCCGGGCGAUCCGGUUCCUCCAGCUCAACUGGCAACAACUCACACAUGAUAUCCGAACAGGGUCGCUCAACCCGAAAGUGACGGACAUUUCACUCCGUGAAUGCAUGACCCGGGUUCUUCGGCCCGACCCGGACUUGGCGGAUUUCAUCGCCCGGGAGUGCGAGAAGGACAAUUGGGAGAGAAUUAUUACAAGAAUUUGGCCCAACACGAAAUAUCUUGAGGUGAUUGUUACCGGCGCAAUGGCCCAAUACAUCCCGACCCUUGAUUACUACAGCGGCGGAUUGCCAAAGGCGUGUACGAUGUACGCAUCCUCGGAGUGCUAUUUUGGGCUCAAUCUCAACCCCAUGUGCAGUCCAUCCGAAGUUUCCUACACAAUCAUGCCAAACAUGGCCUACUUCGAGUUCUUGCCACAUGAACCCAACUCACCCGGGCUUGGUCUCCCGGUUCAGCCGGUUGACCUAGCGAACGUGGAAAUUGGCAAGGAAUACGAGCUAGUUAUCACCACAUACGCCGGUUUGUAUCGAUACCGAGUAGGAGACAUCCUUCGUGUCACUAGAUUCCAUAACUCGGCCCCACAAUUCCAGUUCGUAAGACGAAAAAACGUGCUCCUCAGUAUUGACUCAGAUAAAACAGACGAGGCCGAACUGCAAGCAGCAAUCGAAAAUGCUUCCCAACUGCUCCAAAAAUUCAAUACGAGUGUGGUCGAGUACACGAGCUAUGCAGACACGAAAACUAUCCCAGGCCACUACGUGAUAUAUUGGGAGCUAUUAGCAAAGGACUCGGAGACCUCGGCUAGUGAUGAGGUUUUAGAUCAAUGUUGUCUAGCCAUGGAGGAGUCGCUCAACUCGGUCUAUCGUCAAUGUCGGGUCUCAGACAACUCAAUUGGGCCAUUGGAGAUCCGCGUCGUGAAAAAUGGGACGUUUGAAGAGUUAAUGGACUAUGCAAUCUCAAGGGGAGCUUCCAUAAAUCAGUACAAGGUGCCGAGGUGUGUUAACUUUACGCCUAUAAUGGAACUUCUGGACUCGCGAGUCGUCUCGACUCAUUUUAGCCCAUUGUUGCCACAUUGGAUUCCAGAACGAUAAUUACCCAUCCACUAUCUCAUAAUUUUUAUUAUUAGAUAGGAGUACUAGUACGUGGAAUUAAAUGACAUGUCAAAGAAAUUAAGACAUUGGUAAUAUUGUUCAAUUAAGCUAUGAAAGCGAUGUUGUAUUAAUCAAUGAUUCAAAUUGCUUGUAUUAACUUAUAUUAUGGGCGAAA